AAUUCAUCAACCUCAACUGUUACUAGAUAGACCUACGUCGCGGAGAUUUUUACCAGCCGUUGACCGUAGAUAAUGCCUUCUACUAAGUAAAGUAGCCCAGCUUUAAAGGUAUGGGAACAGUGUGCUCAACCCCAAGAUCCACCACUGCCAUUGAACCAAUUUGUAACGAAACUCAUUCCAAGGUGCUGCCAGAAAUCAAGGAGAGAGAAAAGAAGUCGAACAGUCAGAGAAACUUCCACCACCCCACUUCCCCCAUCAAAUUCCAGCAGGAGAGUAUUGACAUUCCAUCUGGGGAUACACCUCAGAAAACUCAGGAGCUAGCCUGCUCUAAAGAACAUAUCGAAGAGAGAAAUUUGACAGUGAAGGAGAAGAAUAUUGAGAAGGCAUCUCCACGUCCUGUCAGUGGGUCCAAUUGGGAAGCGCUGAUCAAAGAAGAUUUCUUUAAAGCUGGGGUAGACGAGAUCAUGAGUUCAUCUUCCAAGAAGAAGAAUGAAGGUGCCAAGCGGUUCGCAUCUCCCACUCAUAAUUGGUUCAGGAACCGGAUCAAGAGUACUCCAGGGCGGAUUGAGAGGAGGGAAGAAUUCAAGCAGGCUCACAAAGAGAGCUCCACUACCAAGAAAGGAAAAGGUGAGAUCUGUGUGUAUGUUGUUGUUUAGCAGUAGAGUGUUUUGUCUAAAUGAAACGUUCUGAAGAGCUGGAGAUUGAUUAUUGGAAGGCGAUAGUUGACUAGGUGUAGGAUUUUGCUUCAGUUAACAGGACAAACCCUUUCAUAGAUUUUGAAAUACUUAUUCAAACUUCUGAUUCUAUUUCUUUGAUUUCGAUUCAUUUUUGCGACAUUUCUUUUAAAAAAAUAUGUUGACUUUUGAUGAUGUUCAUUGAUAUCGAUAGAAAGGACAAGUGAGUAUCACCAGCCUUUCGGUAUGACAAAAACCUAUAUAUAUUGUUAGUACACUGCAAAAACACCGGUGUUAAUUUAACACCAGCCCGGUAUCAACAUCCUGUAUCGGUCCACACCAGAGAAGCGUUGAAACAGCACCAGUUAAUAAUCAUACCGAUAUUAUAUUGGUAAUGUAAACAUGAAAUACAAAGUAAUAAGGUUUGUAUAAAAAUGAAUAGAUCCUUAAUUCACUUUAAGGAACUAACUAUAGGCAUAUACACUCAAAUAUAUAGGCUUAUAGUUGGCACCUUCAAAUAAUUAGGAAUCUAUUCAUUUUGAAAUGAAUUGAUGUCAUGAUCUAGUCAGAGUGGGUACGGACACCACGUAUGAUGAUCAGAUUGUAUGCGAGUAUUUGCCCAUAAUAAUUAUAUUUCUAAAAUCCUCCUUUGAAUAAAAAUUAUCUUUGAAAAUAUCUUAUAAAUUUCGUCCUGCCUAUAUGAGAAUACAGUUCCAAGAGUCCCACAUAUCUUUUCUAAGCUAGCAGGAGGUAGAGCUCAAUGGCAUUUCAAGAAAAAAAUAUUCAAGCGCCAUCUAUCGUUGAAUAUCAACAGUAUUCAACAAUCGACUCUCCGAGGCGUUUUAAUACAUCACGUUACGCAUUACAUUUGUGUGACUGCGGUGGCUAUUCAUGUAUGGAAUGACUAACAUGCCUGUUAUUCAUAUAAGAGUACACGAGAACUCUCACAUUUUUAUCUCUAUACUAGUUAACAUAAAAC